CACUAAAAUUAGCCCGCUAGCGGUGCUCUUCCAGAGCUUUCAUUGUUGUUAAUCAGUGUAGUGUUUGUUGAAUUUUUGAAACCAAGUUGUGACAUAUGGAGAAUCAUAUUAGCUGAGCAAACAAAAGCGAAGGAGCGCAAAUUGUCGUCACUGAAGAUGCAAAACAGAGAGACUACCGCAGGAUACGGAGAUAAAUGUCGAUGUGGCGUUUUUCCAGAUAUUUUUUGUGCACUUUGGACAAAUAUGGCUUGCUGUGCUAUUAAUUGUACCAACAGACCAUCCAAGAAGUUUCUGGUCCAGUUUUUUCGUUUGCCUCUAGGUGAUGCUGACAGACUUGACCAGUGGAUGUCUAAUAUAAGAAGACAAAACUGGACUCCUAACCAGUCUUCUCGCCUGUGUAGUGAACACUUCGAGAGUCAUCACUUAAGCACCGACUCCAGGGGAAGGACUUGCUUGAAGGACACAGCUGUACCUACGAUUUUCUCUUUUUCUAAUGUCAAAAAUCAUCUGCCAAGAGAAAAGGCACAGAUAAGUGACAAUGACAAGUUUCAGGCAAGGAUGGUAAAGAGGAGAAUCACUAGUGGAGCAGAGAUGCCUGAAAAGAGAAUCCUUCAACCAGAUGAUGGCAGGGGGCUCAGUUUGGUGCCUCCCACACCUGCAGCAUCCACAUCCGAACUGGAGCAGACACAAGACAGCAAAGAUCUCAUGUUACCUUCAGACGUCCAGCAGAUGGUGGUGAUUAAAGAAGAAGUUUCUUGGAUCCCGAGUCUGGACCAGCAGGAUCCACAGUCUCUCUACUUAAAGGAGGAAGAGGAGGAGCUCUGGACCAGUCAGGAGAGAGAGCAGCUUCACGAGGAGGACAAGUCUGAUCCCAACAGGUUCUCCUUCACUGUUGUUACUGUGAAGGGUGAGGAUGAUGAAGAGCAACCAGAGCUUCAUCAGAUCAAAACGGAAACCAACAGAGAGACAGAACCUCCAGCCAACCGCUCAGAUACACAGAUGAAAACAGAAACUGGUGGAGAGGACCGUGGAGGACCAGGACGGAUACCAAAUAAUUACUCGCAACCAAAUAUUAACGAAAACUCUUCAGAUUCUUUUAAGACUGAAGCCAGCGAUGACGAUGAUGCUUUGACAAAAUAUUCCGAUUCUGGACCUGAAACUGAGGACAGUGACAGCAUCUGGAAGCAGACAGAGAUACCAGAGCCAGGUGUAAGUCAGGAUGGAGGCUGUAACCCUGGCAAAGAAAAAUUCAGCUGCUCUGAAUGUGGGAAACAGUUUCUGUACAAGCUCUCCUUUAAGAAACACGCCAGAGUUCACAGCCAGGAGAAACCGCAGAAACCCUUCGGCUGCCAUGACUGUGGAAAGCGAUUUAACAAAAAGUCUCAUUUUCAGUCGCACAUGAGGAUCCACACGGGAGAGAAGCCGUUUGGCUGCCGUGACUGUGGUAAAAGCUUCAAUGAGAGAGGAACUCUUUCAAAACACACCAGAAUCCACACCGGGGAGAAACCAUUCACGUGUAACGACUGUGGAAAACAGUUUCGUGAAAAAGGAGCACUUUCAAUACACAUGAGAGUCCACACAGGAGAGAAACCGUUCGCCUGUCCUUCCUGUGGUAAAAGAUUUAGGGACCAAGGAACUCUGUGUAAACACAUGAAAGUUCACACCGGGGAGAAACCAUUCGCUUGUUACGACUGCGAUAAACGAUUUAGUGAACGAACAACGUUGUUGAAGCACAUGAGAGUCCACACAGGAGAGAAACCGUUUGCCUGCAGCGACUGUGGGAAAAGUUUUAGUGAGCGAGGAUCUCUGAAAUUACACAUGAGAAUGCACACUGGAGAGAAACCGUUCGGCUGCACUGAUUGCCUGAGAAGAUUUUCCCGGAGUUCUCAUCUCAAGAUGCACAUCCGGAGAGUCCACACAGGAGAGAAGCCGUUCGGCUGUACCGACUGCAGUAAACGAUUUAGUGAGCGAGGAAGUCUUUCUAAACACAUUAGAGUCCACACUGGUGAAAAACCAUUUCCCUGUAGUUAUUGUGGAAAAAGAUUCAAUUAUAAAUCCCAUCUUAAUGUGCACAUCCGGAGAGUCCACACAGGAGAGAAGCCGUUUGGCUGUGAUGAUUGUGAUAAAAGGUUUAGUGAGAGAGGAAACCUUUCAAGACACGUGAGGGUCCACUCGAGAGAAAACCAAAAAUGCAACUCUCAGCACAUUUAAAGGAACCAUCAACGACGAGCUUUGAUCAAAAUAUAACAGGAUUAGAUUCUGUAUUAUAUAGUCAGACAGCGUAUUCUAUCCAUCUUCUCUUUCACGAGCCGUGUAAAACUUACCCCAUCAUAUAUAUAUAUAACUUACUCCAUCAUCGUAUACAGUACUUUCAACUAAAGCUCCAACAACAAACACCAAAUAUUUAGUUUUAUUUUCAGAUGUGUGUAUUUUCCUCUUCUGCAGUACAGACAUAUAGAGUUGGUUCAGAUCACCUCUUUUAGCCACAAUCUUGUCACAAGUGGUGUUGAACUGGCGAAGCCUGAUUGACCACCUCAUUUAGCUAAGGCCCAAAUCCUCUCCAAAGCCCAGCCUUUGCUCCAAAAAAGUUUUUCUCAAGUCGAAUGUUUCUCACCAGGUCAGUUCUCUAUUUGAGUUUGUUGGAUCGUAACCACAGACAUGCUAAUCAGCAUCAGCCCUCCCUUCUCUGCAGUCGAAGCAAGGUUAGAGGCUAAAGACUUUGUCACUUUGCUGGUCAUUUGGGUCCAGAUGGUGAAGAAGGGAUCCUGCUGACAAUGCCAAGAUUGUGGUGGAAAAAUGAGGCAAAACAACAAAGUCUUGAUGAAAGAGGUUGAUUACAGUACUUCUGUACAGGAGGAGAGCAGCGCAUGAUGUCAAAGGCAGACCAAAAUGUUCUGCCUACAGUCAAAUCCUGUCUGUCUUUAUUGUGUGAAGAGUUCAAAGCUUCAUCAGGUGUGUGUGGAAGGUUUCUUAACUUAUAGUCUGCUAAUGAGUUUCUACUUCUUUUUUACUGCAUGAAUACACAAUUUCUCAGUCUCCUAAUGAGCUUCUACAGAUACGAAUGAGAUAUACUUGUAAAAUAUACUUUUAAAACAAUAAUACAAUGAUUAUCCCAUUAACAAUCCAGUUAGUAAAAUUGUUCAGAUCUGCCUCCUCUUAAUGUGACUGAAUAAAUCCAGGUCUGAGCCAGGGGCAGAUCCUUAAAUUAUACUUAGAAAAACAAAUCACAUGUAUGUCCAAAAGUUGUUAAUAGGCCCCUACAUCAAAGCUCCUGCUCUGCAGCUGCAAGCGUUGGUGCGUCGCAGGCACAUGUAGGAGAUCAUCUGGUGUGGAGCACCUGAGCCACCAGUUUUCUCCAGCUGAAGUCGGUGUCUACCUGUCAUGUUCUAACACAACGUUAAAUUAAAUGUGGAGUUAAUGAAAUUGUUACGGGUGCUGCUCAUUGCUGACACCUGUGGCUCGUCCUGUAUGCAAAUACCAGGCCCUGAUGUCUGUUCGGUGUGGCUAGACCCGACACACCCCCGGUCUCCUCCCCGCUGAUUGGCUCAUCACCCAGCCAACCACAUUGCAGCUUGCCGAAGUCCAGGAAAUAAAGAGCUGCUGCAGAGAUCAUUCAGGAGGGAGAAGCUAGACAGAACAGGCUGCUUCCCCUCACUUUGGCAGAUUUAUGGUUGCCUUGCUUAUCUGUGUGUCUGCUGUGUUAAAUGGUAGCCUUGUGUGUUACAGACUAUUUCGUAUUGACGGGUUAAAACCUGGCUGUUGGUGUUUCCUGUGUGGAUAUAAUAAUAGUCUUGUUAGUUUGGGCUUACCUUUGUGUUACACACAGUUUGGGUUCGAGCUGCGCUCCUUAUUAAUGUAUGUUCUGCCAUUUUGUUAUCUUUUGUGUUAAACCUUCGACUCAUGUGUUGGGCUAGCAUAGGCUAUUCGUUUGUGACCUUUUGUUAUUUAGUUAUCAGGCUGAGUUAGGGGCACACUUUUGUUUGUAUACAUUUUGUAUGGUUUACUCGGCGAGUUUUGUGUAUUGUUUUAGAUUUAACCUUUUCUAUUCCUUUCAGCAGUUUCACUAACCCCAACACUUGUUGGGGAUUUCAGGAUUUCAGGUUUUAUUCUUUAUUUAUGCUUCUGAAAAUGAAAUGUGCUGUGUUUCACUUUUACAUCCGUCCACGACGUACCUUUGUGUUGCGCCCAAUCAAACCCCUGAAUUGGGACGUAACAAAUGACGAGCGGUCACAAUUUAACGCGUCCAUUAAUCUCAUGCUGAUAAUGACUUCCAUGUGGUUUUUUGGAGCAUAUUUCCAUAUUUAAUUCUUUUUAAUUAGACUAAACAACAGCAGUUUAUGAAGCAUUUAGAUAUGAAAACCAAAGUUUGGAUAGUCUCUGUUUCAGUGACAGUCCUGUGAUCAGCAGCAAUUAGGCUGAUCAAUUAAACGGGUUAUAUCCUUAUUGUUGGACUGGGGAAUAACAGGCUACAGUGAGAAUAAGAAGACUGAAUAUAACUGCUUGUGUGACUCAUAGAUGUCAAGUAUAAUUUCUGGUUUCACAUUGUUACAGGUUCUUUAUUAUUGUGUAAUAUAAAGCUUACGAGUUACAAGUGCAGUGACGUACAUGUGAAACAGUGAAAUAAUGUGUUUUUAGUAACAGUCUACAGGUGUGUUACAAGGUCAGUAAAAGAUUAUGUAUAUUCUAUAAUAGAGAAACACUGUGAAACUGUAUCAAACAAUUAAAAUUGUCACUAUAAUUUUAGAUAUAUUAAAAGCAAAGUCGAUCUUGUAGUUGUCUUCAGUAUUGAGAAACAGUGCAGAAGCAUUAGAUUUGGAUGUUUGUGAUGUUUUUCUGCACUGAUAUCUGUCUUGUGCUGUAAUUUAAGUUCUUUUUCUGUACUUAUUUUAAGGAAUCCUUUUUAAAUGUAAUCCUAAAUACUGUCUGUUUUCUUCUAAGGGUUAAAGAUACAGUAAAUAGUUUAUAACAGGUUUUGUGGCUCUUUUGUUAACUCUGUUUACAUGUUGGGAUUUUCACAUAUGGUACUGAGGAUGUUUAAGCCUCGUUUCCACCAACGAGUGCCGGUCGGGACGGAUCUGGUUUGUAAACUGUAAUCUGAUUGCUUUUCCACAGCCAACCGUAACCUUACCUGAGAGGCGGAGUAUCAGUCGGAUAGCGAUAGAUGCCUCAGCUACGUGAUAGGAUGACGCCAUCACAACGCUUUUCUUAAAGUAGAACCAAGACACGACUCAAAAACCAAGCAGGAGAAAGAUGUCAUCCAGCAGUUUGUGUUCUUUCUUCUUGGCGGUGCUUUGUAACGCCAUUUUAAACAGAGAUUUAAUCAA